CACCUUACUUCCGUCGGAACUGGCUCUGAUUUUGCUCCAAAGUUUCCAUACUCUCUUCCAACCCUAUUACACUCGUGCUUGCUUGAAUAAAGUGGAGCAGCUUGCUUGGGAAAAUUGAAAUAAAUGCACCAGCUUCAUUAUUUCUAGCCAUGGCGGUAACAAAAAGACAAGCUUGCACUCUCGUAGUAGGAGGGAGCUUCAAAUUAUCCAUCGAGGAGCUACCAAUAACCGUGACGUCAGCAAGCUUCCAAAGCGGUAACCAAGAAAGCUUCAAAACGAUAGCCAUGACACGAGCAUGCAGCUAUUCGUAGUAGGCGGCGCAUUCUCCUUGGUUGAAAGUGUUGGUAUCAACUCCACUUCUGCCCAUCCGGCCUCCUGCCUGCUUAACCAAUCACGACUCGCAGUAAAGCCGCUACCUAGAACAAUCACGAGGUCGUCGAUGGUCGGCCGCGCGCCUACUUACAUCUCCUCUGCAUCUGCCUUCGACGAAUCGGGAGCAGUCGCACAUCUCCUCCGCAUCCGCCACAAUCACGCACUGCCAUCGAAAACUGGUUCCCCCUCCUCAUGUUCAGGGCUCGCCAUAGAGGGCGAUCCCCCCUUUCUCUGUCUCCUUUAACAAAGCAGCUCUCGGCGAGAUCAAAGUCCGAGAUGGAGAUGGGACGGCCGCUGUUUUAUUAUUUCUGGCCGAGUGUGGGUGUGAGAUUUAGUGUUAGCUUAGAUUUUUAAUUACCUCAAGGGGUAUUUUGGGAAUUUCACAAAUUACGGGUGAGUUUAAUCCGCAACUCAACUAAGGUCCGUAACUUAUUCGAUUUAUAUCGAAACUCGACACCGUUAGAACCGAGAGUUCGCAUUUUUAGUCCUCAUCGAUAUUACGAUGGAAUUUGACGAAUUUCCCCCAAGGGUAUAAUAGUCAUUUUGACUUUUGACAAGAUCGGGGUGUAAAAGCGCAUCAGCUUUGGAAUCAAAGACUGGGGCAUCC